AUGCAGACCAACAGAAGGAAACUAAGCGCACGAGAGACAUACAGAAACAUACUACUCUCGAAUUAAUCCUCAUUAAACCACCACAAUGCAGAUGUCAGAACCCCUCGGCAAGAAGAACUCUCUGUUCACGGCAAUGAACCGCUUCAUCGGCGCCGUCAACAACAUGGAUCAGACGGUCAUGGUGCCGAGUCUGCUGAGAGAUGUGCCGCUGGACCAAGAGAAAGAGGAACAGAAGCUAACCAACGACACGGGUAGCUAUCUGCGGGAUGCUGAGGGCGACAUGUACAGCUAUUAUAGCCAGCUCAAGUCCAUCCGGAACAACAUCGAGUGGGGCGUCAUGCGCGCAGAGGAGCAGAGGCGCAAGAAAGACACGACAGCGCCGGAGCCAGUGCGCACAGAGCCGGAGAGCGACAUCGAUCUGGAGCAGCUCCUGCAGUACCACCUGAAGGGCUUGCAUGGGGUGCUGUCCAAACUGACGAGCCAAGCCAACAACCUGACCAACCGAUACAAGCAGGAGAUUGGCAUUGCUGGCUGGGGACAGUGAACUGUAUCAUGAUCUAUUGGGAUAUGAUGAACUAUUCUGAUCUAAUAAGAUCUACUGGAAGAGCCUACUAAAGGGAUUCCCCAAACAGAAAUUAAACUGUCAAAAGUUAAAAUGCAAGGCGAACCAAGAGGGGGAAAUGGGUUUGUUGUAGUAUUGGUUUUGGUGUUGAUCACUGACGUAUUAUAAGGGCUGGUUCAUGUCUUAUGGCAUUUUUAUUUGCACUGAGUUUCCCCUUUUUUAAAAACAAAAUCUCCGUUCAAAUGGCUGGUUGCCAUGCCUUAUCUUGGUAUUUAAAACUAUUUAUUUGUUAUGUAUAAUUGAAAGCUUUACUUUUUUAAAUUCUUUUUUUUUUUUUUGAGAGAAAGGUUCAUGUCCUGUGAUGUUGCUGUGUGUUUCGGAGGACUGAUGACUUUUAAGACCUGUGUAUGAUAUCUUGUAUAGCGAGAACUCCUAUAGAUGAAGCAGAAACCCUGUAGAAAAUUCUUGGAAUGUUCCCUGCUAAUGACUUGAAUCUAUCUGUGAAUCAUCCUGUGAAUCAAUGAUGUGGAUAGCUCUGAAAAUCACUUUAUGAGUCAUGACGAGCUCCAUGAGAUUCUGUGUUAUGAUUGUGUUAUGCCAGUAUGAUUGUUUAAAAACAUUUCCUGUAUUUUGUACUGAAUUGUUUUUUACUACAAAAUAAAAUUUUGUAUUUUGAAAACAUCUAA